CAGGUGAUACCAACAUCCGCUCAGAGAGAGAAAGACAGAGAGAGAGAGAGAUCAUAUAGUCAUUUCCACAUUUAUUUUUUCCCGUUUGGCAUCAUCAGUGUGUGUUCGCAGUGUGCAUUGACCGUAAUGUGCAGACUAGGCGGGGCUGGCUGACCCGAUCCUCUCUUAUUUCGGACAAGUAGGAAUAACACUGCUGCUGUUUUCUGACAUUAGAGACUAUUUCCAGGCAUGAAUUCAGCCGAGCAGACGGUGACCUGGCUCAUAACGCUGGGGGUCCUGGACUCUCCCAAGAAAAGCAUCUCUGAUCCGGAGGGUUUCCUGCAGACCUCCCUGCAGGAUGGAGCGGUGCUGUGCAGGCUGCUGGAGAGACUGCGACCCGGGACGGUGGACAAAUUUUUCCAGGAGCCGAGAGGAGACAGCGAGUGUCAGAAAAACAUCAGCGAGUUUAUUAAAGGCUGCGGGGCUUUCGGAGUGGAGCCUUUUGAGGUAAAUGACCUCCUGCAAGGACAGAACUUCACUAAAGUCCUAAACUGCUUGGUUGCCCUCAACAAAGCUACUGAAGAUCUGAGUGUUUCCGAGGACAGCGAGUGUGUGCCGCUCUCGUCUCACCUGAGGAUCAAGUCGUUCGACUCUCUGAACACGAGUCGCUCGUCCAAAGCGCUGCAGCCUCAGUACCGCAGCCUGGACAUGUCCGAGGGCAGCGGGUGUGGCCACUCGCUGUUCAAGGCGCGCUUUGCUUUCGAGCAGACCAAUGAGGACGAGCUCUCCUUCUCCAAGGGCGACAUCGUCUCUGUGAUCCGACAGGAUGACGGGGGCUGGUGGGAAGGGUCCUGCAACGGCCAGUCCGGGUGGUUCCCCAGUAACUAUGUGCGGGAGCUGAAGGGAGGCGACAAGACAUUAGAAAAGCCAAAGUCUGGGACACUGAAAAGCCCCCCCAAAGGUUUUGACACCACCAUCAUCAGUAAGACGUACUACAAUGUGGUCCUCCAGAACAUCCUGGAAGCAGAGACUGAAUAUUCGCGGGAGCUGCAGAGUCUCCUGGGUUCAUACCUGCGAUCCCUUCACCCCACAGACAAACUCAGCAGUCUUGACAUCAGUCACAUUCAUGGAAAUCUGGAGGAGAUCUCUACCUUCCAGCAGAUGUUGGUUCAGUCCUUAGAGGACCAUACCAAACUCCCGGAGAACCAGCAGAGGAUCGGGGGCUUCUUCCUGAACAUGAUGCCCCAGAUGAAGAUCAUUUAUGUGGCUUACUGCUCCAACCACCCGUCUGCUGUCAGUGUCCUCACUCAGCACAGUGAGGAUCGGGAAUACAUGGAGUCGAAGGGGGCGUCCUCUCCAGGGAUCCUGACCCUGACCACUAACCUGAGUAAACCCUUCACCAGACUGGAGAGAUACCCCACGCUGCUGAAAGAACUGGACCGACACAUGGAGGAUCAACACCCUGACAGAGCUGAUCUCAUUACGGCGAUAACUGCCUUUAAAAACUUUGCGGCUCACUGCCAGAAUGUGAGGAAAAAGAAAGACCUGGAGUUGCAGAUUUUAACGGAGCCAAUCAGAAACUGGGAGGGUGAUGACAUUCGUUCUCUGGGUCCGGUUCAACACAUGUCGCAGUGCACCGUCCACACGCAGAACUGCCAGGAGUCAAACGAACGCUACCUUGUCCUCUUUCCUCACACUCUGCUCGUGCUCUCUGCCAGCCUCAGGAUGAGUGGAUUCAUCUUCCAGGGGAAGAUGUCACUGUCAGGGAUGCUCAUCUCCAGAAUAGAAGACGGAGAAAACCUGAAGAAUGCUUUUGAAAUCUCCGGUGCUCAGGGUGAUCGGAUGCAGGUGGCGUGUAACACUCAGCGUGAACUUCAGGACUGGCUGGACCUCCUCACCAAACACACACACACUCCUGCCUCACACACUAACUCGCUCAAGCAUCAGUCCGUCUGUCACACACUGCCCUCUCUUCCCGCCACUCCCUCCAGACACUCGGAGUCUCGUGGAGGAAGCGUCGGACACAACUACCACACCCUUCCCCAUACCCCUUCAUUUGGGAUGAACCUCAACAGCAGCCCGAUGUGGGGGCCCCUGGAGCCGCCGAGUACCCCUAAACCCUGGAGCCUGAGCUGCCUCCGCCCUGCUCCUCCACUCAGACCCUCAGCUGCUCUCUGCUCCAAGGAGGAUAUGAGUAAGAGUCCUAAGAACAUGAAGAAGCUGCUCCCUAAGAGGAAGCCGGAGAGGAAACCUUCAGAGGAGGACUUUACUGUCAGAAAAAGUACAGCAGCUCUAGAGGAGGACGCUCAGAUCCUGAAGGUCAUCGAAGCUUACUGCACCAGCGCCAAGACACGAGCCACUCUCAACUCCACCUGGCAAGGGACUGACCUCAUGCACAACCAUGUGCUCGCGGACACCAGCCUCACCGUCGCUGGUAUCCCCGGCAACCCGCCUUGUUCUGACCAAUCAGAGGACUCGGAUUAUGACAGUCUCUGGAACGCCCAUAGUUACAGGACUGCCUCAUUUUCUCGGUCCAGCAAGAAGGAUGUACACAUGUUGUUCCCGGAGGAAGAGAAGAUUAUAGUGGAGGAGACCAGGAGCAACGGACAAACUGUGGUGGAGGAGAGGAGUCUGGUGGACACGGUGUACAGCCUGAAAGACGAGGUCCAGGGACUCAAACAGGACAACAAGAGGAUGAAGAGGACGCUGGAGGAGGAGCAGCGAGCGAGGAAGGAGCUGGAGAAAGUCGUGCGGAGAGUCCUGAAGAGCAUGGACGACCCGACCUGGGACGAGACGAACCUCUGAUCGUCACAGACUCUAAAAUGACCUUUCCUUAAAACCUGUUCCCUCUUCCUCUGACCUUCACAGUGACCUUUGUACCAAACUGUGGACCAAGAGAGGAAAAAGUCUGCCAGAAAAAUCAGCAAAGCCAUCCUCACUGACCGUAAAGCUGUGAAGCCAAAUUAGCUGGUAGGCACGAUGACAUCACUUCCUGUCCCACUCUUUUUAAACAGCCUUUUUUGGAGCACUGACAAACAAACCUUUUUAUUAUCUACUUGUGUAUUUAUCUUGAAUUCCUCUUGUGCUGAUUUGAUAUUAAGUCGGACAUUUCACCAUACCCAGAACAGUAUAAUAACGCUACGUGGGUUUAUUCAUUUCACAGAUUAAAACCACACUCCUCAUUUCAUUGGCAGCGAUUUCAUUUCAAUUUAAAAUGUUUUAUGAUAUAUGCUCUUGAUUCUGACUAACUAUAAAGCUGGUUUCUUUGUUAUAUUAAUUAAACAUCGUAGGGGGGUACUACAUUUUAAAAUAAAACUACAUUUACCAGCACCUGUAACUGACAGGAUGAGAUUAAGGUUUUUUUAUUGUUGUUAAAAUUAUGCUUUUUGCAACCGACUACUAUUAUAUUUUAGGGAUCCACUGCAUUGCUUCACUGGAUAUGCACAUUCCUGGUGUUGUUAUUUUUAAGGUUUGUAUUUUACUAAGUUUUUAAACCCAGUGACAUGGACACAGGAUCUGUUAUUCUGCUGUUCUUCCACUUCUUGGAAUAUGUUUUACGUGUAAAAGAAGUCAGGACUUUGGGUUUAAAAUGUGUUUAACUUGUUCGAAACGUAUGGACCUACUGUGGACGUCUAUAUAAUGAUGAUCAGAAAGUAACAAUCAAGUACUGCACUGAAGUAAUUCUGAGGUAUGUAUCUGCGUAGGAAAAGAGAGCCUUGUAAGACAGAAACAAUCAAAGUUAAUUUUAAGUUUAUCUGUGAAACAAACGGAGAGUCGGCUCGUUUCUCUCUCUGCUUCAAGACCGAAGUCCAAGCAAUACAACACUGGAAAAUGUUCUUGAUUUUUAUGAUGUCAAUAUGAAACUGACUAGAAUGAUUUUUUUAUAUUUGUGAUUGUGUUUUUACUCUUAUCGCCUGGUUUUGAUUUGUAACACUACUUAUUUUCUACUGGACCUUGUUGAUCACGCUGUAACGUCAGGAGACCUGCCUUGUGGAGAAAAACAUUUUCUUUGCUUUAAAUAUUUAUAAGGCUUUAAAUGUCACCUGGAAAUGUUGAUUAAAUAAGAAACAACACGUAUGCAAGCUAUGUAAUACAGUAUGUCAAUUAUUAACUUAUGUAUUUAACUGAAAGUGACUGAAGUGUGUUUAAAUGUGAUGGUGAUGAAGGAUAUAGCAGUAGUUACAAUGAGAAGAAUCACCCCUGUCUAUUUAUUUUGCCCAUUUGUCUGUGAAUAAAAUGUGGAAUCAAAUCCCGAAGAAUCUUU